AUGCCAGAGUUCGAAUCCAGCAACAGAGUCAUGGUUGUGGUUGAUUCUAGCCACGAAACGCAAGGUGCUCUCGAAUGGCUGCUUUCACACACGGCUCAAAACCACGGUAUGAUCAUCCUCUUACAUGUUGCCAAUGCCACCAAAGGUACUUAAUAGUUAAUUCCCCUGCACUAUCAUCUACUUCAAGCCACAAAACAUAUGUGCCAACUAAGAAGACCCGAGGUGCACGUUGAUAUUAUCAUUCGACAAGGAAAGGAGAAGGGAGUGGUAAUUGUUGAAGCAGCGGAACAAUUGAGGGUCUCAUUGCUCAUUUUGGGACGACGAAACGAGCCAUUUUGGCACCUGUGGAUUUGGAUGAGAAAGGCAACUCAGAGCAAUGUAGUAGAUUAUUGCAUCCAAAAUGCUAAUUGCAUGACAGUUGCAGUGAGGAAAAGCAAGAAAUGUGGUGGAUAUCUAAUUACCACAAAGCAUCACAACAACUUUUGGCUUCUUGCUUAA